AUGGACGACUACAACAGAUCAAGAUCAUAUUCAUAUUCAUAUGGCUCUACAGCGAUGCAGAUGGAGAGUUACUAUGGUCCGCCAAGGCCUCCCACCACCACCACCUCCUAUGAUCUCAGAUCCUACAGUGCCUCUUAUGCGCAGACCCAGAUGGCUAACAACAACUACACGGCCAAGGACUUUAAGCUCAAGAAAGGCAAGAAAAAUUCUGGGUAUUCUUCUUCUUCUUCUUCUUCAAAGUCUUGGAGCUUAGCUGACCCUGAGUUUCAGAGGAAGAAAAGGGUUGCUAGCUACAAAAUGUACAGUGUUGAGGGCAAAGUAAAAGGCUCUUUUAGGAGGAGUUUCAGGUGGCUUAAGGAUAGUUUCACCCAAGUUGUCUAUGGAUGGUGGUGA